AUGUUUCACAAUCUUCCUACCUACCUAAACGUCCUGGCGUACCAAUGCCUUUGGAUCCCCGAGCCACCGAUGACCGAGAAGAAUGUCCCCGACCUAGGCGGGAAAGUGCUUCUCGUAACCGGCGGUGAUACUAGAAUCGGCUACCAUUUAUGCAGAAUACUCUACGCAAGGCACGGGUCCGUCUAUCUAACCUCGCAAAACGUCGAGAGAGGCGAAGCUGCCAUUAAGAGAAUUAAAGCCGCCCACCCUGCGUCACUGGGUCGUAUACAUGGUCUAUACCUUGACCUCGGGGAUCUAACAUCCAUCAAAGCCUCCGUAAAAGCCCUCACCGACCGCGAAUCCCGCUUAGAUGUCCUCUGGAACAAUGCGGACGUGAUGACGCCGUCGUUAUUGCAGAAAACAGCCGCGAUAGCCCCUCUGUACACCGUGCGCGUCCUAUGGGCCGGUGCGUCUUCUAUCGUCUUCUUCGCGCCGACCGGGGGCGUGGAAAUGGACGAAGGCACCGAUGGCAACGGCAAAGACGCGAAACCAGUGCCACAGUGGAGUCAGCUCCAAAACUACGCCCAGAGCAAAGCCGGCAACCUCUUCCUGGCACACGGGCUUGCGAAGGAGGUGGAGGGCAGUGGGAUUGUUAGCGUGUGUUUUAAUCCUGGCAACUGCUUCACCGAAUCAGGGUGGCAUAUGAGCGGAUCGGAGCUCCUGCAGCGCCUUAUCCUGUACACUCCCGAAAAAGGCGCCUACACUGAACUGUAUUGUGGUCUCUCGCCCGAACUGACGGCCUGGCACAAUGGAAAAUACUUUGCGCCUUGGGGAUGUAUGUCUCGCACGAGGAGGGAUAUUGACGAUGCUCUCAAAAUUAGGGAAUACGAUGGUAAAAAUAACAUUGGCAAGGGAGAUGCUGGCAAACCCGUUGCUGGUCAAAAAGAAGCUAGCAAAAGCGACGCAGCUAGCGUUACUAACAAAAAGGAUGAUGCUGGUAAAGGAAAGGGCGCUGUUAAAAAAAAGGCGCCUGUCGCAAACGUCCAAAGAGACGCCGCGGAUGAGUUUGUGGAAUAUUGCAGACGAGAGACGGCAGCUUACCUCUGAUAAGGCCAAAUCGGGCAGCGGUAGCCGCUGGCCAGCACGUCGACAUC